UCACCCUUCGCAUCAUCAAUAUCGACUCGACGACAGACCCAACGUCACAACGAAAUCCACCUCCACCUUUGAGACCACAAAGAUGGGCAACGAUGACAAGCUUCACCACAUUACCUCGGCGGCCGAGUUGGAAAAGCUAAUGGCAUCGACAACGUACGUCGCUGUCGACUUCUUUGCCGAUUGGUGUCCGCCGUGCAAAGUCAUUGCACCCGUCUUCGAGUCUCUGGCGGCCACGCAUGCCGUUCCUGGCAUCCUCGCCUUUGCCAAGGUCAACGUGGACCACGUUCAGGAAGUCGCACGCACUUACCGCAUCACCGCCAUGCCGACCUUCAUGUUCUUCAAGGAGGGGAAGCAGGUCGCAGUUAAUGGGCAGGCUAUGAUUCAAGGUGCCGACCCUCAGACUCUCGGAGCUGCUGCGCAGAAGCUAGGCGGGUUGGCAGCGAAGAGGGCUGCCGAAUCUUCGCAAUAGAAGGGGGAUUGAACUGUGAAUUUUGGCUUUAGUCGGGGACAUGGGGGAGAGCCGCGCUUACAGUCCAAGGCAAUACGAGGCUGAUCCGGGGGUCGACCAAGUCCGAAUGUUCCUGAUGGUAGAUGCUCGAAAACGAGUAAUUAAUUAGAACUUCAAAGUCUGCGCGCCCUCUUCCGUAGAAACCACCGAAUAAUAUCACCUUUUUACUUCGCGCUCUUAAGUGGCAUUGCUGUCGAGGAAUUAGACGCCUUCUUGUGCCUCUUUCUCCCCGAUU